AUGGACAUUCCUGAAGAUAAGAAGGUGAAGUUAGUCGCAUAUAGACUAUUAGGGGGAGCUUCUACUUGUAUCAAGAAUGCAAACAAGAAGCCAGAACCGUUGAAGCUUUCCAGGAAGAAUUUCAUAGGCUAUCAUCAUGAAAUAACCUACUGGAAACAGAGGCACAACAAGUUGCCAGGAAUCCAUUUGACAAUAAUAGAGCAACAAUCAACAAAGGAAAGACCCAAUGAUCCUGACAACUUCAACAACCCAACCCUCCUUCCUAACACUAUACGAGGAACAAGCAGCAGUGGAGCACCAACAAAGCCUGCCAACACCAUUCCACCCGAGUGUCUAAGAAGGAGUACCGUGAACCUAAUAGAGCCAGAAGAAGAGUGCCUCUUUGGCACAGAGAAAGAUGAUAACGAAGCAGCCUAUACAUAUGAAGAAGAAGAAGUAACAGGAGGCGACAAGGGCGAAUUAUUGUCACGGUCUCUUGUAGUUCAGUGGCUACUAUUGACACCAAAACGAGAAGAACCCUCUCAGUGGCAUAAUAUAUUCAGAACUAGGUGCACUGUGAACAAGAGGGUCUGUGAUAUUAUCAUUGACAGUGGUAGUAGCAAAAAUAUAAUAUCAAAAGCAAUGGUUACUAAAUUGGGAUUGCAAACUAGGAAGCAUCCUGCACCGUAUAAAAUUGACUGGAUCAAACAUGGCACUGAAGUAAAAGUGACUGAAGUUUGCCACAUUAAAUUCUCAAUUGGGAAGAAUUAUGCAAAUGAGGUUACAUGUGAUGUGGUGGAAAUGGAUGCCUGCCAUAUAAUCUUGGGACGUCCCUGGCAAUAUGAUGUAGAUGCCACUUACAGAGGCCGUGACAACGUUUAUGUCUUCAUGAAGGGGGGGCUGAUGGUCGUUCUAGGUCCUAUAAAAAAAGAGUUUGCAAGCAUUAAACCAAAGCUACAAGGAAAACCAAUAUUGCUAGUGUAUGGGGGCAAAUUCAUGGAAGAGAUUAAGGAAGUCAGAGAGAUUUUUGUUGUAGUAGUAAGAGGAGAAGUUGGUAGAGAUUCUAUUGACAUUCCACCUACAUUGCUACCACUACUAGAGGAAUUCAGGAGGUUAUACUGUUAG